AUGGAGAGUUUAGCAAGUGGUAAUAGUAGUGCUAGUGGUAGUGGUAAUGAAGUAAAAAAGAUAAAUGCAAUUAUUACAGGUCAAUCUGGUAUGAUUGGUGAGGGUGUUGUGCAGUGUUGUAUUGAAUCCGAUAGUGUAGAAAAGAUUCUAUUGAUAAAUAGAAAACCCUCCGGACUUAAACAUGAGAAGAUAAGGGAAAUAAUACAUGCCGACUUCACUAAUCUAACCGAUAUCAAAGAUCAGUUGAAAGGUUAUGAUUCUGUUUAUUUCUGUGCUGGUACUAGUUCAGUUGGUGUGGAUAAAGAGACAUAUCAUAGAAUAUCCUAUGAGAUGCCAAUGGAGAUGUUGAAUACAGUUGCCAGUAUCAACAAUAUCAAAUCGAAACAAGACAAUGAUUUAACAUUCAUCUACGUAACUGGUGCUGGAACCGAUGAAAAGAGUUGGAGUAAUUGGGCACAAGUAAAGGCAAAGGCAGAGAAUCAUAUAUUCGCAUCGAAUUUCAAUAAAACAUUUGCAUUCAGACCUGGUUGGGUUCAUCCAAUGCCUGGUCUAAGAAAUAGUUACAAGAUCUAUAAAUACAUUGGUUGGUUGUAUCCAAUUGGUAGAUCAAUUUCCUCGAAUGGUUUUAUUUCAUUAAAAGAAUUAGGUAAUGCAAUGAUUAAAUGUUCAACAUCUGGUUAUAGUAAAAAUAUUAUAAAUGGUAGUGAUAUGGCAAUAUUAGCUGUAUUCAAGGAUCAUAAAUGGGACUUUAUCACUGAUAUUAAACAAUCAUUCAACCAAUUAUUAAAUAAUAAUAAUCAUGAUGACACAGACAAUAGAGACAUUAACAAUCAAAAUAAUGAAACAAAUACAAACUUUAUAAUAAAUAGAAUCAAUAACUUAUGGUCAAACAUUAAACAAUCUAUAUCGAUUACCAAAUCAUUAAAAGCUUCAGAGAAUCAGAUAAAAAGUUAUUUCGGAGAGAUCCAUGAUUACUUGAUGUCAGAAGAACUUAGAUUGACAAAACCUUUCACCAAUGAUAAGGUUACCAUUGAAAACCAACUUCAAGAUAAUAUCAAAGAAUUAAAUCAAUUAACAUUAAUUAUCAAAUUCAAUAAUAUUCUAAAUAAUAGUAAUGAUCAAAACCACAGUAAUAUUAGUGAUCAAUCACAGAAUAAUAAUAGUAGCAAUGAUAUAGACAUGGGUUCAGAGAAUAAUAUAGAAAGUCAAUCAUUAAAAGAGUAUAUAGAGAAAUACAAAUAUUCAGAUAUUGAUUACAAUAGUAAAGAUAAUAACAACAAUUCAGAAGAAAAACUAAUUCUUUUAUUAUCAAAAUACCUUAAUGGUAUGAAAUCAACCUCAACAUCCCCAACUUCAUUAAAUCAUAAUAUUAAUUACAGUAUUUCAAUUGACUCAAAUUAUAAAACCAAAUUAGUUGAUUUUUUGAAACAAUCAAUUCAGUUGAAUGAUCAUAAUAGAGAACCAAUAGCAUAUCUAUUCUCUGCCUAUUCGAAUGGUGAGAUAUCACUUCUCAACCUAUCAAAUAAUCAUUUGGAAACCAUCAAGAUUGAUGAAUUCGAAUUUGAUGGAACAUUACAAUCCACUGUUGGAGUUGGUGAAUAUGUCUACAUUUUUGGAGGUAUUAAUCCAAAAAAGUAUUGUAGAUUCUCAAUUCGAACCAAAACAAUUGAUUUCAUUGGUGAUAUUAAUGUAGAGAUUGAAAAUGACCCUAUAGCAGUUUAUGAUGGCACAUCAUUCAUUUACUUGGUCAACGGAUAUUUAUUGAAUAGGUACUUGGAGGUUAGAGUAGUCCGAUUCGAUUUAAAGAGACAGAAGUUUGAAUAUUCAGUAGUCCAUCCAUGUCAGAUAACCAGACUCUCAUACUUUCACCGGAAAUCACUUGUUUUUAUUAAUAAUUGUGACAAAGAUAAUUUAUUCUCUGUAUUACCAGAGACUGGUGAAUCCAAGAUUAGCACUCUUUCACUUGAUUUGAAGAGUAUGGACGUCAACUAUUGUAUCGACGAUAAUGGAAACAUUUACUAUUUAAAUUGUGGAUGUUUUUAUAGUAGAAAUCUCAUGUUUGGAAAUAUAAAUAUUCUACCAGGUUUUCGGAUUAAAACCAAUAAGUUCAAUCUGGUCUAUCACAGGGUAUCAGAAAAAGAGAGCUAUAUCUAUGCAAUGUGCUCAUUUCAAGUCCAACCCAACACUUUUAGACAUUAUAAAUAUUCAAUUGGUGAAAAAUGUUGGAGUCCAUUGGUCGAAGUAAAUAAUGAUCAAAUUUGUGGAUCUUGUUUAAUAGAAUUUAAAUAA